UAAUAUUAUAGACGUAGGCAAUAUUAAAAACACAUGUUUCUUGACUUAACCUUAUUCGUGACUUGUUUAUUUUAAGAAACUUCAUAAGUAAUUAUGAAUAGAAUGUAGUAAAAGAAUUAUAACUGAUUAAACAAAAAUAAUUCAAUAAUAUCAUAGGCAAUUUUAAUAUUUCGCAAUACAAAAGUUUAUGAAAUUUAUGAAUACAUAAAAUAUGAAGCGGUUAACUGAAGAUAAGACGAAACUUGUUUUGGAAAAAUUAACAAAAUAUAUUGGGACUAACGUAAAAUUAUUACUUGACCGACCAGAUGGUGUUUAUUGUUUUCGAGAAAAGAAAGGCAGAGUAUAUUACGUUUCUGAAAAGAUUUUAUCAUUAGCAAGUAUGGUAAAUCCAGAAAAAUUGGCAAGUCUUGGAACAUGCUUUGGAAAAUUUACAAAAUCUGGAAAAUUUAGGCUUCACAUCACUGCUUUAUAUCAGCUGGCUCCUUAUGCACAACAUAAAAUUUGGUUAAAAUCAUCAGCUGAACAACAGUUUUUGUAUGGACAUCAUAUUUCUAAGUCUGGUGUAGGUCGAAUUACAGAAAAUACUCCACAGUAUCAAGGAGUUGUUAUUUUUUCCACAAAUGAUAUUCCACUGGGUUUUGGUGUCACCGCUAAAAGUACAAUGGAUUGUAAAUAUGCAGACCCAAUGGCAACAGUAUGUUUUCAUCAAGCUGAUGUAGGAGAGUAUAUUCGGUCAGAAGAUUCUUUAAUAUAACAAUGUAGAAAAAAUCGUAUAUUUAAUUUUUUUAUCAAAUAAAUUGUUAUAUCUCAAGAUUACAAAAAAUAAA